AUGGACCACAAACCUGUUACGGCUGCCCAUGGCGACACUCCCAUGCAACAAACAUAUGAAGUCGACACCAAGCCCAACGCUACCGAUACGCUCCCUGUAUCUGCCCACCGACCCACCAUUGCCCUUGCAGCAGACCCGACACACGACCCGGAAGACCCUUUGCGACACAAGGACAUAGCAAACUCGGACAAGUACGACGCGGCAUCCUCCGGAGACGACACAAACUUGGGCGACGUUGCAGACAUCCAGAAUGCCAGUAACCGCCCCAACGACACAAACAGCAAGAAGCUCAACACGACACAAACCGUCAUCAUCUUCAUGACCAACGAAAUUGGAAUUGGUAUCCUGUCCUUGCCGAGCGCCCUCAACACGCUCGGUUUCUUCCCAGGCAUCGUUUGUAUCAUUGGCAUGGGUCUCCUCAGUCUGUACACUGCGUACAACCUGGUCCAGUACUGGCGAAAGUAUCCCUACAUGCUGAACAUUGUUGACUACGGUCGCGUUCUUGGCGGUCCCUGGCUCGAGGCAGUUUUCGCCAUUGGCUUCUUGAUCAACAUGGCCCUCAUCAGUGCCUCGGCAGUCGUCACCAUUUCGAUCGGUCUCAACACCGUUAGCGAUCAUGCGACCUGCACAGUUGCCUUUACCGUCGUCGCCGCCGUUGCCAUGUGGGCCAUGUGCGUGCCUCACAGCAUGCGCUUCGUAUCGUGGGCGUCUUGGCCUUGCACAAUCUCCAUCUUCUCCACCGUCAUGAUCGUCAUGAUCACAUUGGGUGUUCAGGGUCCGCGCAACCCUGAAGCUCCGCUCAACCUCAGGGCGAUCGGAAACCCGACUUUUACCCAAGCAACCUCUGCGUUCCUCAACAUUGCUUUUGCUUUCAGCGGCAACCAAGCCUUUCCUACCGUCUUGGCCGAAAUGGAGAACCCUUCCCGCGACUACCCCAAGGCUAUCAUCAUCGAGAAGUGUUCGUCGAUCACGAUCUACGUGAUCGUCGCUGCCGUCGUCUACGCACUGUCUGGCGAGCAGGUCGCGUCACCUGCCCUCGGCUCUCUGCGCACAAUCAUGGCCAAGGCCUCCUACGGCGUCAUCUUCAUCGGACUCCUCGGAACCGGUCUAGUCUUUGGCAUGACAGCAGCCCGCUACCUCCACGUCUACUUCCUUCGCAAGGUCAGUGAGCGUCAGGCCAAGAAAAACAGCGGGACCACCGUCAACAUGUCUUCUUCCGAAAAGACUUCGGCCGGCCGUCGCCUCUCCGUCUCCACCCCCGACGUCGGCAAGAAGACGGAAUGGUUCAGCUGGAUCUUUUCCGUCAGUCUUUUCUGGGUCGUCGUCUGGAUUCUCGCCAACGCCAUCCCCGUCUUCAGCUCGCUGCUCAACAUCUCUGCCGCGCUGCUGCUCUCAUGGUUCACCUGGGGCAUCACGGUUCUGUUCUGGUUUGACCUCAACAAGAACGGCAGGUGGCGCUCUACCUGGAAAAAGUCUCUCACGGCCGCUUUCAACGUCUUGAUCAUGUGCGUGACGCUCUUCAUGGUCGGCCCGGGAAUGUACGCUAGUAUCGAUGCGCUGCUGCAUACUUUUGCCACGACAAAAGUUAAUGGUGCGUUUACUUGUGCCGAUAACAGUAUUCUGUAGAUACAGUUUUUUUCUCUUUUCUUUUAAAUCUUCAUUGUUUAGUUUUUUUAGCAGCGACUUUGAGACUUUGAGAUGUCAGGGCUUUGGGGGGCAUGAACACGAUGUGUACGAUAGAUGAAAGAUACGAUGGUCGAGGAUUACAGGGCUGGUCUUGCCUGAAUAAGCGAACUUUUUUUUCAACUGUUACAACUUUCUGCCUUUUUGCUGGUCUCAAGUGUGGUUGUGUGCUCGUCUGUGUGUGUUCAAGCUGAUACACUGAUGAAUCCAACGUGCUAUAUGUGUAGUGUACACCAUUGCGAGUCGCACCUCUG